AUGACGAACGUCAACAUUCCAGACAAGUAUCGGAAUCCACCACAAGCCCCUCCAGUCUUUACCAGCACAAAGGACUCGAUCCUUGAUGAUGUAAACUUAAUAAUCGAAGAGCAGCGCGGGCUUCUUGGCAGGAUAGCCAGCUCUUUCACGCCAGAGACGGCCACAUUUGAAGGGGUUGUGGAAGCUAUCGCUCGCGCUAACGAUCAGGCCAGCCGGAAGGAUAGGGUGCUAACAUUUUAUCAAAAGAUAUGCCCCGAUUCCGAACUGCGCAAAGCCUCCAACGCGGCUAAGAGGGCGCUUCAAGAGUUCUCGACCGAGUGCAUGAUGCGUGAUGACAUUUUCAAGCUCGUCGAUGCUUUGCAUAGGAAAAAAGCAUCUCUAGGUCUCGAUCCGGAGAGCCUUCGGUUGCUUGAAAAGGCUCACAAGGGCUACAUCUCAAACGGUCUUGGCAUACCCUUGGGUCCUCAACGCGAUCGGUCCAGAGAAAUCAACGCAAGACUCAUAUCCCUUGGUAUUGAGUUCAACAUAAAUCUCAACGAGGAGCAUGGUUGUCUUUGGCUCACACCUGAAGAACUCCAAGGCAUCCCCGAGGAUGUUGUGUCCAAUCUCGAUAAAGGGUCUGGUGAGAAUGAAGGAAAACUGAGACUGACUUUCAAAUACCCCCAUCUCUACCCAACCCUCAAAUACGCUAUUAAUCCUGAAACGCGCAAGCGCCUUAUAGUUGCCAACGAAAACAAGUGCAACCAAAAUAGUGGUAUUUUUAAAAAAGCCAUAGUUUUACGACACGAAGCGGCUCGUUUGCUUGGUUUCAAAAACCAUGUGGAUUUCAAGCUUCAAGACAGGAUGGCAAAGAGCGAAGUUGCUGUUCUAGGGUUUCUAACGGAUCUUCAGUCUCGCCUCACGUCGGCAGCUCAGAAAGAGCUUGAUCAUCUAAAAGACAUCAAAGCUGAAGACUGCAAAGCUAAAAAUCUUCCAAAUGACGGCAACUACUAUUUAUGGGACCAUAGAUACUAUGACAGGCUUAUGCUGGAGAAGGAGUACAGCAUCAAUGAAUUGCAAAUUGCCGAGUACUUUUCUCUGGAUAUAACACUUGCCAAAUUGCUCAACAUCUUUGAGACUCUACUUGGUUUUGUGUUUAUAAAGCUAGACGAUGAUGAAUUAGCCAAGUUGAGUCCUACUGGGAAAGCUGGAGAUGUUAAGUGGCAUGUGGAUAAUAUUGUGUAUAGUGUCUGGAACGAUGAGUCGGAAGGAGAUGAAUUCGUGGGCUAUCUUUACAUGGACCUACACCCACGCCAAGGAAAGUACAGCCAUGCUGCCAACACAAACCUCGAGCCGGGCUUUACACUCAGAGACGGCACACGACACUAUCCUGCAACGGCCUUGAUCUGCAACUUUAGCGAGCCAACUCGGCAUAAGCCGUCGCUACUCAAGCACCAUGAAGUGGUAACAUUAUUUCACGAACUCGGCCACGGGAUUCAUAAUUUGGCCAGUCGCACGCUCUACACUAGAUUCCACGGCACUGCUACGGCCAGAGAUUUUGUUGAAGCGCCGUCACAAAUGCUGGAGAACUGGUGCUGGAUCCCGAGUGUUGCCAAGUCUCUCUCCCAACACUGGAGGACAAAGGAACAGAUUCCUGAUAGUCUCGCGGAGAGGCUCGUCUCAACUAGGGACGUCAACUCAGCCAUGUACAACCUUGGUCAAGUGCACUUUGCCAUGUUUGACAUGAUUUGCCAUUCCCCCAAGAGUGAUGAUGAGGUAAUGGCUAUUGACCCUUCAGUACUCUUCAACAACCUUCGCGCAUCGAUUACCUUGGUCCAGGGCCUAGAGGACCAGACACAGACGAGUGACUGGUCUCACGGCGAUGCCAUCUUUUCCCAUCUCAUGUCUGGCUAUGACGCAGGUCUCUACGGAUACCUUUACUCCAAUGUGUAUUCCACCGACAUGUUCAACACAGUUUUCGGGAAAGACCCCAUGAAUGAGACACAAGGACGGAGGUACCGUCACACGGUGCUUGAGUAUGGUGGUAGCCGAGACGAGCUCGUGAGUCUAGAGGAGUUCUUGGGUAGGAAGCCUAAUUCGGAAGCCUUUUACCAGAACUUGGGAAUAGCCUAG